CUUCAGGACUACGGGAACGUCUUCCCCACAAGCAGACCUCACCUGGUGCUGUCAGCCUGCACAGGCACGCUACUCACGGGACUCUACGGAGUCUGGAGCCUCUUCACCAUGCCCGGUUUCCGCAAAGUCCCAUCAGGCUUGAAGGUUCUUAAAUGUUCCUUUAUUUGUUUUUUUUUUGUUUUUUUUGUUUUCCUUUAACCUGUGUGUUUGCAUUUUCUUUUCUAUUGAACAUUAUUGGAGUUGUGUGAUUUAGUGUCAACUUGCACGAUAACAGUCAUUUGCUUGUUUUGGAGCCUCGUGUGCUCCGUGCUAGCAACAUGUGAGGGGAAAAAGCCAGCGAGCAAGAAAUUAUUUCGCUGAUCGGGAGGUGCUUGUCCUUUUGUGUGGUAUGUUGCAGUUUAACACAUCAUCCUGCUCUGCAUUUGAUCAUGCCAGAUAUGUGAAUACCACACCUUUGUGCCAGGACUCAGUGUACAUUAUAAUCAAGUGCAUAACAGAAACAUGUGUGUGUGUAUGUACUGUGUUCCAGGUUCCCUAUUUGCCCUCCAAUAGAGAUCAGACACGGAACGUUAUGAAGCUCCUUGAGGGUCGGACAGGUUGCUUAGCAGAUCUGGGAUCAGGAGAUGGAAGGCUGGUGUUUGCCGCCUCAUCUGCUGGCUUCAAGUGCACCGGGUUCGAGAUCAACUCCAUACUGCUAGCAUAUGCCCGGACAAAGGCCCGAUGGACAGGAGUUCCUUCAAGCCAGGCAAAUUUUGUUAAAAAAGAUUUUUGGAAGACUGAUCUCUCAAAGUACAACAACAUAACUGCUUUUCUUGCUCCAGGAGCGAUGGAAGUGCUGGGCGACAAGCUGCUGAAAGAGCUUCCUGAUGGCGCGCUUGUCAUCUCUUGUCGCUUCCAUUUCCCCUACUGGCCUCACCAGUCCACUGUCGGCUCCGGUCUGGACCAGACGUGGGCCUACGACAUUACAGCUGUGCGCAAGGCAGGACUGAGGGAAGUAUCUAAUGUUGUGGAGGAUAGAUAAAGGACAGUCCCUAGGUCGGGGGUGUUCAAAGUGCAGCCUGGUAACCAUUAAUGGCACACACAACACAUUCUUAUGACAAAAUACACACAGGUACAAACAUUACACAAACAAAUAUAGGCAAACCUGCCCCAUUCCCCCAAAAAUGUUAGCUGUAAAGUAAAAUGGUCAAAGACCCGUGCGUCUUACUACAUAUGGUCUUUGUGGAAUUCCGUGCAUCAUGUCAUGAUUACCAUGUGUACAAAUUUCUUGCAGGAUGUGGUAAGUUUUUUUUAGCUUGCUAAAGUUCUAUUGAGUGACUGACAUCUUUACAUUUUCCUUGGUACGUCUCUCCCUGGAAAAAGUUUGGACACCCCUGCUCCAGGCUUUACUUAAAAAUGACUACUUAUUAGACUAAUCAUUUCAUUUUACAGAAUAUAGGCUUGUCUUCUGUUUUGCUGUGAUCAUCAUAUUCUGUACAAUAUUUGUAAUAGAAACAGUUUAUCCUGAUUAUAUUUACCAAUUAAACUCAACAAUGUGUUUCUU